ACAAAAUCGUACGUAUCAUUUAGCUGCCUGCCUCUCAUUUGAUGCCGAUUUUACUUGACGUACGAGUAAUAAGUGAGAAUUGAAAAUAUAUAAGCACAAUUCAAAAUCAGAUUCUAAGAUCUCAUUAUGUCUGGCCUGAUAGAAAAAUUCAAAAAUUUACCCGUUCAUAUGGAUUUUGAUGGACAGAAAAAAGCAGAACGGAUUUUCCAGACUAUUAUUCUUGUUUUUGCUGCUGCUGGACUCAUCACCGGAUAUACAUUUCAACAAUUUUCUUAUACCGUUUACAUUCUUGGAGCUGGAUUUGUGCUGUCUUGCAUACUGACAUUGCCACCAUGGCCUAUGUACAGAAAGAAACCAUUGCAAUGGCAAAAACCAAGAGAAGAAGGCACAGAAAUUAAUAAAUCAAAGAAGAAAAAAUGAUUUGUAAAAUUUUACUUGAGCAUCAUUUAUGUUUAAUAAAUUGUUUGUUGCUUGAUUUUA